AUGGCUCGCAUUGCCGUCGAGAUUGAAGGCGAUAGCCCCCCAGAUCCCAAGUUUCUUCCUAACCCCCCACGCUUCAACGUCGAAUUACCACCCACAUCGUGCUUCACCGAAGAUAAAAAUGGUAGCCUCACGAGAAAGUUCUUUACGAGCCCAGAUGAGCUCGCAAAUCACUUGAAGCGCGCCAUACCGCGUCGCAAGGAGAGGAAAUUUAUUCUUGCAAAUGCCCUCAAGAGUCUUCCAGAAGGAACGCAAAAAUGGAAACCAUCUCGAAAACAUGAUCCAGCUUUGACUCUAGCAGACGAGAUUUUCAAUUCUAUAGAAUCUCCAGGUAGCAUCCUGAUUUGGGAUAACCUCACAGAGAUACUUGCUGAUACCGUACUCGGACAAUGGAAAUUUGCCUUGGGCGAAGUAAUUGAACAUGCAUGUGCAUCUAGAUCGAUUCCUUAUCACGGAGUACAUCAAGUAUGUGAUCUAAUAGAGUCUAAUAUUUGGACUUUGGAUCGUACUGAGGCUUCCCGGAGCCCUCGUUAUGUCGUUAGGAUGGAAGGAUUCAAAAGACUUUUGGAGAAAGCAAAUCGUUAUGCAGAAUUACUUGUAUGGGGACAAAUUUUGGAGGAGGGUCUUGAGACGAAGGCCAAAACUGAAAGUGGGAGCAACAAUGAGGAUGACGACGAUACCACUUCCACGGCUUCUUCUAAGUCGGGAGUGCAUAUUCGUGGAGGAGAAGCCUUAGAUCUGGAAACCCGCCAAAGCAUCAACAGAGUGACCUAUCUUGGCGGUGUGUUGCUCCCGUUCUCCAUAAUUGCGGCAAUAUUUUCGAUGGGUGGGAAUUUUCAGCCGGGUGGAGAUCAGUUCUUCAUAUUUUGGGUCAUUGCUAUUCCAGUAUGUAUGCUUACAACAGUUUUAAUAUAUGCGGAUAGUAUUCGGCGAAUGACCUUGGAGCAAUUCGCUCAACAGUACGGGUAUGCUGCAGUGACGGUAGAAGCUGAUGAUAUGGUUACCUCAUCAAUUUCUGGCAGUGAGAUCAUUUCAUACAAAGCAGGCAUCAAAGAACGUCUUAGAUCGCGUAUUCCUGAUAUUUGGAAUCCACGCAGAGCUGGUUCUUCCUCCAGUGUUGGCUAUACAGAUAGCGACAGCGAUAGCGAUGAUGGUUCAUCCUCUAUAAGUAGUGCUCGGCUGCCUCCAGGUCUGUCCAUAGAUGGAGAUUUAUUAGUUCGCAAGAAAAAGAAAAGGGUGCCAAGAUUGAGGAGUUGGCGAUUUUGGAGACGGAAACCUCUGGAUCGAAAUUCAGAUCCGGAGAACGUCCUGUCUUCUCCUACACAUUCGGAUCACAAUGUAUCUUCACCUUCUGCGCCCCUUUCACCUUCUCCGCCAUCCAAAUUUCAUCCUAUUCUAUCUUCACCAAAAAUUACACCGGUGAGACCCAUGCCUGUUGGAAAUAAUCCUCCAGGAUCUCUUUCUUCCGAUCACUCUCCAACCGCCGGACCAGCACCGCCAGAAACACCCCCAAUUAGCCUUCCGUCGCCCGAUCUUGACCAAAUUAUCCCUGAACCAAUAGUCCCUGAGCCAGUAAAGGGCAAGCGCAAGACGAUAAGUCUGAAUGAUGACUUCGAUAGCCCAGACCAUUCGCAUCCAGCCAAUCCUCCAUCUACACCAGACCCUGCAGAGAUACCACUACCUCCAUUGGAUUCAGAUUCGGAUGACUGGCGGGAGCAAGACAGUUCUGAGGGGAUACGCCCUGAACGAUCUGUAUCUCCAGGUCAUGCAGACUCGGAUUAUGCCACGGAUCGUGAACGUCAUUCUUUAGAAAGACGCAUGAGAGAAAAUGAUGACUGGCAACUGACCAGAAGGAGAAGCAGAGAAUAUCCAAGCAGUGGAGAUGGUUUCGAGCGCAUUAUCGAGGGAGAGAUCAUUUUACGUCGCCGGCGCCGGUCCGAGCAUUCUGUAACGUCUGAGGAGAGAAAACAUGGAAUCGACAGAACGACUGAAAAGCUUGUCGAAGAGCAGGAAAGAAAACGUGCGACAGAUGAUAUCGUAAAGAAUGAUGAUGAUGUUUCGGAAGACCGAGGAAGACCACGAAGACGAUCUACAAUACGACGAUACCAUUGUCACCCAUCACCAGAAGAACUAUCAGAGGAGGAACACAUUAGAACGAAACUAGAGAGAGAGAAACUCGAAUACCUUGAGAAGUUGAGGCAAAAAGAACGUCAUAAGAGGAUGGCGGAGAUGGAAGAGAAACAUGCAAAGAGGCGAGCAGAGGAAGAAUAUGCAAAGAGGCGAGCGGAAGAGGACUGCCAAGGGAAGAAAGAUCGAGCUUACUCCCCCGUGGUAUCCGAUGACAAGGGAGUAAAACCAGCGAUAAAGUUCAAGGAUGCUGUGGGAAGGAAAUUCACGUUUCCGUUUCAUUUAGUGUCCACAUGGGCUGGAAUGGAAGGCUUAGUGAAACAAGCCUUCCUUCAUGUCGAUAUCAUUGGUCCUCACGUCAAUGAUGGUCACUACGAUCUCCUUGGCCCCACCGGCGAAAUUAUCCUCCCUCAAGUAUGGGAAUCAGUUAUUGAGCCUGGCUGGUUGAUAACCAUGCACAUGUGGCCAAUGCCGGAGCCGCGAAGGCAAGCACCCGCGUCUAUGCUUCCUAGGCCAGGACAUCCCGGCAACUUUUCACCACCUCCUCCACCACCUGGAUUUACAGCAACCCAGCCUGGUGGCUUGAUGAGUGGACCUACUCCGAGAAUGAAGAAAUCUACGCAGACUGAAACUAUGGGCUGGAUGGCAGCACGUCACUCGAAAUCCCGCAAUAAACAGAAGUCGGUACCGAUACGACUUGGGCCUCCUCCACCGCCACCGGCAUCUGGAAGACGAGGAUCUGAUACUGUCGUCAUAACAGAAGAACAGCCACUAAAAGUUCAUAGAAGACAAACGGGUAUGAGCGACAGACAUGGACACGGAACAAGCGGCGGUGGCAGAAUUGGGGGAGCAGCAAAGCCUAAUGAGGAGUUGGGGUGGGUGAGAGCCUUGGGAACCAUUGUUGGUGUGAAGCCGGGGAUACAGGUGAAGAAACGGAGUGGUGGAAGUAGUUCAUCGUCGAGUGUUUGA